AUUGCAGAGGCAGAUGAUGUGAAAGCUGCAGUGGAGUCUGCAGACACCAAAUCUGCUGCGGAGCCUAAAGAGGUGAAGGAGGCGGAGCCAGAGCAAGAGAACGAUGACUUCACUCUGCUCAAGUCCCUGGCCGAAGGUCAAAGGUCAAAAGAGACCAAUGAGACACCAGUCAGAGAGAGCCUGGAGGAGGAGCCUUACUUCCCAGAUGAAUCAGAUUCCACCAAGAACCGCCGGCUAGCCGAAGACUAUGACUCAACCAAGAUGGAAAACAGCAAGUACCAAGAUGACCCAGAGAGCUUCAGGCAGGUGGAUGGUACCCCUCUAACGGCUGAAGACAUCGUCCAGAAGAUCGCUACUAAGAUCUACGAGGAGGACGACAGAGGGGUGUUUGACAGGAUUGUCUCCAAGCUGCUCAAACUGGGCCUGAUAACAGACAGCCAGGCAGACAGUCUGGAAUACGAGGUAGCCGAGGCUCUUCAGGACCUCAUCACGAAGAACGCAAAGAACAAUGAGAUCGAGGACCUGGGAGUGGACUAUCCCAUAACCCGGGGUGACCAGGAUGACGAUAAUCCCGACGCUAGCAUGGAUGUUACUGGGUCCCCCAACCGUCGGUACGAUGAAGAAGAUGAUGAAGAUCAGGCGGCCAUUGAUGACACAGUGGAUAACACCUGGGAUAGAGUUAACGAGGGAGAACGGGAGGAGGAGGAGAGGAGCGAGGGAGAACGGGAGGAGGAGGAGAGGAGCGAGGGAGAGAGAAAUGAGGGAAAUGAGUUGAGCCCAGAGGAUGGUCUUCAGGACCUUCAGUACUUCCCCAACUUCUACCAUCUGCUAAAGAGUUUAGACUCAGAACAAGACGCCCAGGAGAGAGAGACUCUGAUCACUAUCAUGAAGACUCUGAUUGACUUUGUCAAGAUGAUGGUGAAAUAUGGAACCAUCACACCUGAAGAGGGAGUCUCCUAUCUUGAGAACCUGGAUGCUAUGAUCGCUCUGCAGACCAAGAACAAGCUGGGGAAAACACUGGGGAACCCUGGCAUCAUCACACCUACAGGGAAGACCCCAGAGGACGAUGACAACACCAAGGCAGAGGCGGCCAAGAUGCAGAAGGAGUAUGAGAACCUGAAAGACUCAACCAAGGAAGAAGCGCCGUCCACCGAGACCAGAGAUCACCCAGGCAAGUCUGAGCUCUACUUGGAAGCCAUCAGGAAGAACAUUGAGUGGCUGAAGAAACACAACAAAGAUGAGGGCAAAGACGAUUACGACCUGUCCAAACUGAGGGACUUCAUGGACCAGCAAGUGGACUCCUACAUCGACAAGGGCAUCAUUGAGAAGGGCGAGGGAGAGACCAUCAAGAGGAUCUACGGCAGCCUGUAACCUUCAACCAACCUUAAAAUAACUAACAACUAACCUUUAAAUAACCUACGACCAACCUUAAAAAACCUACGACCAACCUUCAAAAAACCUACUGGAAAUGUAUGACGAUUGAUAAACCUAUGAAUAGGGCCUAUAGUUUUUCCUGUUCAGGUAACAUCAUUUGGAAAAACUCCUGGCUUGAGAUGAUGAUCCCUGAAAGUAACUGCCUCUGAUUUUGGUGUGAAUUAUUGCCUUGAUGUCAAUUGGAGUGUGAGUAAAUUGAGUGGAUCUCAAGUUAGGAUUCGGCCCCUAUGAGACGAAAUGUAUGAUCUGUAUGUAUUUAAAAUAAACAAUUUAGGCAAAAACAUAUUGUAUUUGACAUUUCCAGAAAGCUGGAAUGGAAUAAUGGUAAUAUUAUCACGGAAAGUAUAUAUUAAACUAUACAGCACUCAGUUCAGCAGGCUAGAAAACAAUCAGCAAUAGUCCGAUGUCACUGAGUGGCACUGAUGAUGGGAUAUCAACGUCAAACUGACUCGAUUAGGAAGGGGAAACACAACAGUUAUUCUGUCAAAUCAACUGACUGCUCUAAUGUACCUUGAGGAGUGAAAUGUUGACAUACUGAGGGGGAAUAAGUGUUAAACCAUCCCACUGGACACACACUGGUUGAAUCAACGUUGUUUCCACGUCAUUUCAAUGAAAUUACGUUGAACCAAUGUGGAAUAUAUGUUGAAUUGACGUCUGUUCCCAGUGGGAUGAUUGUGUCCCAAAUGGCAUACUAUUCCCUAUUUAGCGCACUAUUUUUGACUAGGCCCCAUAUGGCUCUGUUAAAAAAUAGUGCACUAUAUAGGAAAUAGGGUGCCAUUUGGGACACAAAUAUGUCUGGUAGUAGAGUUCCAACUCUAGCUUUCUCAUGGAUUACAGGUCAUAAGUACUGUAUGUCUUUGCAAUAGACUUUUGCAACAAGUACACAUAUCUAAAUGUAUUCAUUCUGUGUAAUCUGUCCUAGCAUAUUAUAUAUAUUUUUUCCCUCUCCAGCAUCAAUGUAAAAUCUAUUGUAUUAAGGCUUUUAACUCAACCAAAAACAGCUGUGUCCAGUAUCAUUUCAGUGCCCUGUAUGUCCAGCCUCUCCUCUGUUCUUUGUUCUGGGGUCAUUCCUUUGGGGCCCUGUCUGUGUCCUUUCCCUCUAUCUGCAUUCUGCAAAAUGGGUAGUAGUGGGAAGUUGCCCCUAGAUGCUGAUCUUGGAUCAGUUGUGCGUUUUCCCCACUAAUGGUAAAGGUUAGGAUUGUGGGAAGGUGGGGAUCUGUCCCCACCUUCUGUACGUCUCAGUAUAUUCAACAUGUAUACAACCGCUCUAGAGACACAAAAUGAAGUAUUUUUUAAUGUAAAUAUUUGUGAUGUUUUUUCCAAAAAUGUUAAAGCAAUUAAAACAUUGCCUUUCUUUAUCUUUA